AUGGAGCGUGAUGGAGCUGCGGCGACUUGGUACGAGGCCUACACGUCCGGGGACGAGGUGGAGCGGAGACUGCAGGAUGAGCAGUAUGAAUACGAGGAGGAGGUCGAAGUUGAGGAGCUGAUAGACGAUGAGCCUAUGUCUAUCAAUGGGAGACUCUUCCUCGGGUCUAUUGACGCUGCGAGAAAUGUGGUGGCGUUGCGGCGCCUGCGUAUCGGUGGAGCUCUGGCGCUGCUUGGCAAGGGAGAGGGAGUUUCUGCAGUGUCAGGUCACUCGAGUGCAGUGGGUGAAGCGUAUGAGGAGCUGAAGCUCGCUCGGACGACCGUCGAGAUUGAAGACUCCAAGGACGGUGACUUGCUUUGCAAACUACCGAAAAUACUGGCGGAGCUCAAGAAGCUCGUGGAGACGGCAGAGCGGGAUGACACGAACGUGCUGGUCCAUUGUAUUGCCGGCAGGUCGCGUUCCGCGUCUGUGGUGACAGCUUGGAUGCUUGUCAACGGGCCAAGCCAGCAGAGUGUGCAAGAUGUUGUCGAUCGGAUCCGAAUCAUUCGUCCAUGGAUUGAAAUCAACUCGCAUUUCAUGCGGGACUUGCACCUGUUUCACGCUGCUCUCAAUUUGCCUAAAGGAUCAGCACUCAAUGUGGAGAAUGUGACGCUUCUGAAAGACAGAUCGUUUCCUCGGCUGGAUUUUGGUUCAAACCUCGUUGAUGGCAUUAUACGUGGAAAGAAGACCAUCACGAUGCGUCUUUUAUCAGACAUCGAUAGUGACCUCAACUCGGACUUGAAGGGCAUCUUCACUUACUCUAUCGUUGCGGCCACAACCACGAGUGUAAAUAACUCAUCGUCAAGAGCGCAGUUUGCUUAUCUACAGAUAAACAAGAUUGAAACACGUGAAUUGGGCACUAUCGACCCAACUACUCUGCAGAAAUCUGGCUUCCGUACCGUUGAAGAUGUGCUGAGUGUGUUGAGGCAAUUUUACGAGAGUGUUACGACUUCGACACCAUUGCUGAUGCUCCACUUCCAUUACAUGUGCUCAUAUGAUGAAUCAAGCUAG